UAAUGGAAGGAGAAUGGUGUGUGUGAGUGCUGACAAUCCGGCUGUAACUACAGUGCUAGAGCUGACUGAAGCAAACUGUGUCCCGUCCAAUCAAAACAUCACAGUACAGAUAGAGAAGAAAGACACUGUGACUCCUCAAGUAUAUGCCCGGGAUUUGGCCAUUACAGCUGUUCUCUGCUUUUUGGGUGGCAUAUGCUUGACACUGCUGAUAGUCUUGAUCUACUAUCAAGUUUCUCACCGAAAGAAAGCAAUACAAAGUCAAAAACAGAGAGGGACAGAAGAAGGCAAUGGACCAGUGGCUAACUAUCUCACUAAUCACUAUGAUGUUGAUGAGAAGCACAGGAAGCAUUUUUUGCACACUCAUCACCUAUUGGACAGUAAAAGCAUACCAUCCGGCAUAGGGACAGACGGCUAUGGAAGCCAGUUUCAUCUCAGAGCUGAUGAAGAUGACAGACAUUUCAUGUGUCCAGAUUGUAAAGUUGAAGGAUCAAAGCUAAAUCAAUGGGAUAACGGAAACAAUGGUGUAAUGCUGGAAGGAGACAUGAGGAGACUGAGGAUGUUGGUCACAGAGGAGGAGAAGGAGAGGAAGCAACUUGAGAGCCAACAAGAAAUUCUGGGAAGAGGCAUUCCUCACAAUGUUCUGUCUAGUGGUAGUUCCGUACCUUCAUCUCGUAAAUGGAAAGACGCCUUCAGUCACACACCAGAUAUCCCAGCUGGUUAUCAAGCAAACAAUGAGCUAGGUGUGAGGUUUGAUAUGGGGAGUAGACAACCUGGGAAGGUCAUUUGUAAGAGCUGCCACAGGGCAAAUGGGAAGUCAGCAAAGACUAUGAGAGAAAGUAGGAUUCAUUCUAACAUGAGAGACACGUCUCUGUUCGAUGACACUAUCGGUAAUAUUGGCGAUAGAUGGAGGGGUAUCGAUUCCAACCAGUUGGACGGAACGAAAAACCUGCAAACCAGAAAUGUGACAUUCAGUAUGGAAAGAAAUCGUCAAGCAACUGGAAGAAGGUCUGAUAUAGUGAAUAUGUCCAGAAACAUGGAGAGAGAAGUGCAGAGGCACCACAAAGGAAAGCUACAGUCCAGUGGCUUGCUAAAGUCUAAGCCUAACUUGAAACCACUUCGAAAGGCAAAAGUCCAUCCGAAAAGGAAAACUGAGCAACAGAGAAAUCUCUCCAAGAGGAAUGACAGAAGACAAGAAGAAGAACAACUGGAACGGUUGGGAAGCAGAGGAAGCUCAGGUGAACAUUCAAAAGGAAACAACAGGAAAGCUAAAAAAAUACCAGCGAGUGAGGGAUUAAUUGAAGAUGAUGACAAGAAGGAUGUCGGAAAAGAUCAAAGAGUCAAAGCUACAUCUGAUAGUGUGCACAUUUUCCAGGAUACAGAAGGCGACCAAGCACAGACUCAUCAAAGAAAGGCUCAACUCACAACAGUUUCUCCAGCUACUGGCGCCACAGACACACCUCAACCAAUCAUAGCAGAGGGAACUGGGCAGAGUCUGACUGCUCCACACCAUGAAGCUAAAAUUGUUCUUGGGAGUUCUCAACUUUCCUCUCAGCAACCAUUUCUUCUCUCUGCUGCCGACAUGAUUCAUUCAAAGAGUCAUCUCCUGCAAGGAUCAGCAGAUUCACAGCAAGUGGGCAGCAAUCUCUCUGUCCAGGGAGGAAGUCUUUUACUCAAUACAGCAAUACCAGCAGGUGGUUCACUACUCUCUUCUGGUAUGUUUCCUAACAUGGUAGGUAGUAGCUCCAUUUCCUUGAGCGGAGUUUCAGAUAGUAGGCAAGUAGGCUUCAUUUCACCUGUGACAUCUCUUCUAGCAAGUCCCAGCGCCACCAACCCUAUGCAGUCAAGUGUGUUAAAGACUUCUCCACUUCAUGGUCCCCAACCUGGAGGACUUGAACCCAACAUACCCCUUAAUACUUCAAACACCCAAAAUUGCUCUAAAAGCCAGUUGGACCUUGACACUACUCUUGAACAAAAAGUGAUGUCAGACCCAGGCCCGGAUCAAGGACUUGAGACUGUGCAUAAAACAUCUAAUUUAGCCUCUGAAUCUGAACCUUUAAGCCCCUUCCUUCCAAUUACAAAAUCUCCAAGUAUGGAUAAUUCAAAAGAGGUAAACCCUCAGCUUCCGAAAGCAAUGAACACUGUUGAGAAUUUGUCAAAAAGUUACCGUCAAAUAGAAAAUCAGACUGUGGCAGUUGGUCCGGUAGACAGUUUAUUUGAUGGUGGAAGGUGUGAAACUGAAUUACAAGCUGUGUCUGAAGGAGACAUCCUGGGUGCAAACGUGUCUCCGCAAGGUGAAUCUACACGGAGCACAUCCACUUCAGGCAGCGCAAAGGCCACCUCUCCUCUGCUGCAGCAGGAGUACCUUUCAGAGGAGGGUGGCUCUUCCUCAAGAAGAAAGCUGAGACUAGUGCUCCCUGAGAAGACAUCCAACCGAGAACCCACACCACUGGAAAAGAAAAUACGCUAGUUACACAAAAUUCUAGACCAUUAAGUGGGCCUCGGACUGCAAGCGACCUGCUAGCUCAAACAUUUUAAAGGGAACCUCGGACAUAAAGACUUUUAGGCUCUAGUAAGCCAUAAUUGUUCUCUUUUACUGAAAUAUGUUGUUAGAAACACAUAAAAUAUCACCAUUUAUUUAGAAAUCUUUCAUAUUUAGUACAUGAUUUGACCUACGGAGGGCGCUAUGUUUUAUGCGCACAUUGGACCCUCGGGGUAGAUGAUGUACUGUAGUUUGUCACUGUCACUAGACGAACACUACGAGGGUUACUGCAAUUCCUUCUAGGACUGCAGCUAUAGAAUAUUUUAGUAAUCGAGUAAUCGACUGAAAAUUCUAUCGUUUAAUCGAGUAAUCAGAUCAAACAUAUUUUUUUAGGUAAAGAGCAAUUAAUAAAUAUAGAUGAGAAAACAAGACAU